CACGAGGCAGUCGCACGGUCAUCCACGAGCCAGCGCCCACACUAACUCAUUCCUGUUUAUACCGUUCAGCCAUACCGUUUAUCUCCACGUAACUGCCCACAAAUCCUCCGUCAUGGGGUACGAAUCGGGAUCCAGUCUGCACAAGAAACGAUCUUGGGCCAUGAGCUUACUAUCGCUGUUGAAGAAGAAGGGGAACAGAAAAGAAGCGAUGAUGGAGGAAGAAAUGGAGCAAGAGAUGGAGGACAAUGCCAUCAACGAGGCACUCGAGAGACUCCGGGAAAUGGACGACACCCUCUCAUCGCUCCACCACCUUGGUGCCUAUUCACAUGAACAUUGGCCAUCGUAUCACUCCACGUGCCGUGUCUGAUAUCGUUUCGCAAACGCGCUACCCACAACUGUCUUUCACCAUGCUUCUCCCCUGUGAUAUACAUAUAUGUGCUGUGUGUGCCAUAUUUCAUGAGAAAUGAAAGCGCCAUACUCCC